AUGACCAAUUCCACCCUGGUGACAGAGUUCCUCCUGGAGGUUUUUGCAGAGACUUGGGAGCUAAGGCUCCUACUCAGUGUUCUGUUCCUGCUGGUGUACCUGGGCAGCCUGUUAGGGAACCUGAUCAUCAUCAUUGUUACCACAGUUGAUCAGGCCCUGAACACACCCAUGUACUACUUUCUCAGGAAUUUGUCCAUCUUAGACAUGUGCUAUGUUUCUGUCACUAUCCCCAAUGCCUGUGUCAACUCUCUCACUGGCCACAGGAAUAUCUCUGUGCUUGGCUGUGCAGCACAGGUCUUUUUGGUCUUCUUUUGUGCGUGUGUAGAGAUUCUCUUUCUCACUGUCAUGGCUCAGGACCGCUAUGUUGCCAUCUGUAAGCCUCUCCUCUAUCCAGUAAUCAUGAACCACCAAUUCUGUGUUCAGAUGACGCUGGCUUCCCUAUUUAGCUGUCUUGUCAUUGCAAGCAUACACACUAUCGAAACAUUCCAGCUCUCUUUCUGUCACUCCAAUGUUGUCUCUCAGAUCUUCUGUGAUAUCCCCCCUUUGCUGAGACUUUCUUGCUCAAACACCUUUAACAACAAACUCUUAAUUCUCCUGACUGCCAUUGGGCUCAGUGGUAGCUGCUUUACAUUCAUUGUUAUAUCGUAUAUUCACAUAUUGUCAACUGUGUUGAAGGUUCCUGUCAAAGGAGAGCGAGGGAAGGCCUUUUCCACCUGUGUCCCUCACAUUAUUGUGGUGUCUAUGUUUCUUAGUUCUGGUGCCUAUGUAUAUCUAAGACUUCCCGUAACUUCACAAGUAGUUCAGGAGAUUGCUCUUUCUGUAUUUUAUACUGUUUUUCCACCAUUCUUAAAUCCUAUCAUCUACAGUCUUAGAAACAAACAGAUAAAAGAGGCUGUGAAGAAAGUAACAUUAAGAGCUUUUUUCCUUAGGAGAAAAUAA